AUGAACAUUAUAAUAAAAAAUUUGAUCAUUGAAGAUGGUACUAGUAAUAUACCCAAGGCUAAAUUCAUUGAAAAUAUUGAAGAAUUAAUAGGAGACACCGAUCCAAUUCUCACUAGAAAUGCCGCAAGGGAGUUGCUAGCCAAAUAUUUGUUCAUAGAAAGAACCAUGAUAUCUAAACUCAACGCUAUGGAAUCAAAAGCACCAGAAUUAAAGGAUGCUCUUUUUUCACUUGAGAAACUCGCUAAGGAGGAGAGCCUCAAUCUUUAUUUCAAAGUAACUGAUAGCCUAUAUGCCGAAGCCAAUAUACCCCCGUCUAACACCGUUUUCCUGUGGCUGGGAGCUAAUACACUAGUUGAGUAUCCAAUUCUGGAAGCAAUAGAAUUGAUAAAAAAACAUCAUGAGGGGUUUUCCACCUCCAGUUUAGAACUGAAAAAUGAAAUAGAAUGGCUUAGGGAACAAAUUACAAUCGCUGAGGUGAAUGUGUCUAGGAUCCACAAUUUUUGCGUACAAAGAGCUAAGGCAAAUGAUUCGACAAAAAUACAACAUUCCGAUCAGUAA